CGAAUGAUGACGACGAAGAGAAAGAGCAAUGACGGGGGGAGGAGUGGUGUCCGGAGGCUGUUUCAGGAUUUCUCGCCAAGUCGGCUGUUUUUACCACCGGAACUUCGACGGUAGCGUUCGAAGACAGUUUGUAAGGUUUUGCUGAUGAUCCGGAUGGAGUUGACCAGUGUGGUGUAGUAGACAUCGGGAACGUCAGAUUUCCUCGACGGUGACCGCAGCGACAUCUAUAAACCACGCCAAGGCCGACCACAGCGCCACCUUUACGGAUCCUGGGUGGUUUGCGGCCAUUGCUAUCCGAGGACGCCGAGAGAAAGCAGAGGGAUGUUCGAGUGAUACAAAGUGUCGACGAUAAGGUCAGUUGAUCACCAGCGUGUUUCAUCCUCUACCCGCGCCCACUCGACCGAGCCGUCACUCCGCCCUCCUUCCCCGCAGACUUCGGCUUUGGUUUCGGUCAGCGACGUUACCAAGCCGGAUCACGGGCCCGCCCUCACCACAGGCCUACGGCUACACCAAGUUCUAACAUCCACCGCCCAACCGACCCCGCAACCUGCACUCGCUGCCACCACUACCAAUCCUCGCCGCAGCGAGCAGCUCCUGCCAUCUGGCGGCGUAGUCAGAGACCUCGGCCGCGACCCGCUGCCGCUAGGUGGCGGGCUCAACACGCUGUCACGUGACUCAGGCAGCGCGCGGCCGGCGGGGUCACGUGACCGCGCUGAAGACAUUGAGGAAAUCGUGAGGCGGACGGUGAUGCCACAGGAUCCGGAGAAGUUGUGUCGGUCGGCGGCCGACAAUGGAUUCUGCGACACUCAGGAGCAGUACCCCAGAGCCUAUAUGGAACGCGUCGUCGACCAAUGCAGCACUAUCCUAGAGUACCUCUUCUCAGAGGUGCCCGAUGACGUCACGCAGCUCUCCAACACUCCACAACCUACCUCCGCCUCUGGCCGUCCGUGGUCAUGGGCAGCGUACAACUAUCGUCACCAGGAUGUCUGUGACGCCACAACGCGUUUUGUGGAGCCCACGUACGCCAAAGCUACCGAUGGGAGAUGGUAUGUCAUCAUACAACAUCGUUCCCUGCGUCAGCGCGCCAGUGUGGGACUCUGUAAUCAGCUGGAUGGCUUCUGUAGAGCUGUCUCAGAUUGUGGUACGAGAUCGAGAUGUGUGCAGACGUUCUAUCACAGAACGCUGAUUGCAGCGGAUCCACUCCUGCCGACAAAGUGUCCAAGAAUGAAGACGUUCAGGCUGCCUGCGGGAUGUAUGUGCCAGGUGGAGCUGGCAAAGGGACUGAGAACGCUGGACCACGCGGAGGAAGACAAGAGCUAGAUAAGGGAAGAGAAGGGAAGAGAAACAAGAGGUAGAGGAACAAACGAAGAUGAUGCAAGGUGAAGAAGAGAGAAACGGAAGCUACAUGGAGUGGAUGAAAGGAGUGUCAAUAUGACGGCAAGAGAGAAAAGAGUGGAAGAUAAAAUGGACAAAUGAAGUGGCAGGACGGAAAUAAGUGCCAGAGUGCCAGGGACGAAGGUGAGGGAGACAAUAGGAAAGAAUUGAAUGAGAUUUAUGUUACCUUGAACGAAAACCACAUGUAUGUAGCGGAGAGUUCUUGGUGCGGGCUCCACAGGAACAGUGUGAAUAGAGGAGAAUAUAAACAACAGAUUGAGUACUCGACGACCCAGCUGCCUGGAUCAAGAAACUUCCAAAUGACCAGACUAGCACUUGUCUCAAGCUUAUUGACUGACACGUGAUACGUGACUGAAUCUGAGACCGUGUCUGUGACUGAAUUCAGAGCUGUGUGUAUUUCAGCGUUAAAGCUACGUUCAGUGCACUCGUAUACAGUGGCUUUUUUCGUGUGGCUAUUGAACAUUCGUGUAGUACUGGACAAUAUUCAGUCAGUGGUCGUAUGACGCAUUAUAACUAUCACUCAGUGUCAUACAGAGUGUUGCUUCAUACCGAGUGCUGCCCCCUGCGGAGUGUCAGGAAGAGUGUCUUCUGCCGGAGUGUGACUGAGUGACGCGACACUGAUGAAGUGAGUGGGAUGGACAUGGACAAGUCAAAAUGGAGACGAGUGAGAAUAAAGUGUGAGUGAAUAAUGGAACACAAUAGUACAGGGUUUUCUGGCGUAUACUCAUGGGAGUGUCAACCGACACCCACUUGAGUGCCUAGAUGUAUCAAACCGUUACUCAGUGAAGUGACAAUGUGUAACGGUUUGUGUCCGCGGCACUCGUGCAGUGAAAAGAAUCAGUAACAGACACUAACGAAAAGGCACAUGGCACUCACUCGACACAGAGCUGGUGCCGAACUGCGUCACAAUUAGUGGAGCUGAGCCAUUCAUUGUGUGCCGUGCUGCGUCGUUUUGUGCUACACUGCGUCACAAAACGUCGAGAUGCGCCAAUGGGCCCACGGAACUCAUCCCAUUCAUUACGCGUUAAGUGGCACACAAACUGAGCAUUAACCCGCGCACCGACGGGGGGGCGGAUAUCCGCCCCCCCCCCUGAGGUUUUUCGCGAAU